AUGCCUCCUCCGUCUCCGCCGCAACAUUACCCAUCACGAGGUCAAUCAGGAAAUACUGCUUCCCACUCAACUCCCUUCAUGUCGCGUGAGCCUCCCAGCAACCCGGCUCAUCAUCGUCCUGGGAGCAGCAUGUCGAUAUCUUCCAUGCUAGGCUCGGACGCUGACCGACCUGCUCGGGAUGUAGGCUCAUCGUCUAUCUUUUCUCGACUUCCAGUAUCCUCCUCUCCAUUUGGAAGCGCGCCUGCCCCAUCGGCACCAAAUGCAAUAUCUCCGCCCGCCGCCCUAGCAAAACCCUCACCACUCGAAUACGCGCCCUUCCGGCGAUCCCAGACACCUGAGAAGUCUUUCUCGAAGCCUCAGCCGGGACGGACGUACCGCUCGAGUUCUGGUGGAAUUCCCCAAGGCCCUGCUACUGAACAAGCCAAGUUCGGGGGGCUCUCUCGGGUACCAUCGGCGUCUCAAUAUCCGGAAAAGCCAAAUACUUCGCAACCGUCACCGCAAGUCUCUUCCGCAGACGCUGCUUAUGGUGAAUCCCGUCGAUUAAGCUUCAGUGCGCCUGCCCCACGCCCAAACAGCCAACCACAACAUCUUGAUGCUCCUGCACGACCUACAGGAUAUAGCCCACUUACGCGCACCAGCACAAUACCUGGAGAUAGUUCGUUCGGUACAGCACACCAACGCGCUGCGUCGUACAUAAACCAUGAUCGACAGCAGCACGGCCGAUACGGAGGGUUGUAUGGAGAGCUUCAUCAGGAGGAACAGGCUCAUCGGGACCGUGAGAGGGCUAUCACACAUGAAGCUGAUUCUAAAAUGGCCGCGGGGUCGGCACGUUAUAGUUCAAACUAUGGAGACCGUGAACCAGCAACAGCUCGCCAUCCAGGUAUGUCUCCAUGGGAUGUAGGUCGCUCUCAACCUCCCUCGCCGGAAUCAAAACGAUUUCCUGCCAACGAAUCUGGAUCGGGUUUUGGUUUUGGUGCGAUUCAGAAUUAUACCAAGUCCUUAGGAUCCCAAGUUGGAGGCCCGCGCCCGCCUCCGUUGUCAAUCCAAACCCGUCAAGAUCAACCUACCCCGCCUCCUCAUGAGCAACAGUCUUACCUGAAUAAACUUCAAACCGAAUCCCGCAUGUUUGCUUCAGCCCCAUCAGCAGGCCCUUCAUCUCUGGUCCACUCGGCUCUAUCUGAUGAUCAGCGACGGAAAGGAAGUGAUGAGUUGCUUCAUCACCGAACCCUGCUAGGAGUGGGUCUUGAUGCUAAACGAGGAGGGCGCGCAUCGCCUCUGCCGCAAGCUGUACAGGGUGUCCAGGCACAAAUUCUCGGGCCUGCAGGAGAGGCUGGUAUUAAAAGCGAGCUAGGGCGUAUUUUCUCUGGUAUUGGAAGUGGUGUCGGCGGUGUUACCGCUACAACGACCGGCAGUGGACCUUCGACUCCGAUGGCUGCUAGCCCUUUCAAGCGUGAUAGCAUUGCCGGGCGGUCGGCAAAUAGCGAAGCAACUACGGAUGACCCCAAGAUCGCUCGUCCUUCGUCCACAAAUGGGAAAAGACUAGGAAAGUCUCGGGAUGAAGAUGGUCGAGUGGAAAGUGAAGUUGGCGAUCUGCGUGCCGGAGCCUCUGCGCGUGGUGGCCGACGGAGUCGGCAUAUGCACCAUCACCAUCACCACCACCAUCACCACCGCCACAAGCCGGAAGAGGAUGCUACCACGGCCCUUGGAGGGUCGCAUCGCCCACUCUCGUCGAUGAAUUACCUCCAUCGUACGUCAACUCCAGCGGAGGGCGCUCCUGGUUCUGGACCUCCCUUAGCACAUCAUCAUCACCACCAUCAUCACCAUCACCAUCACCAUGCACCCCGUCCAUCAGCCCCUCUUACUACUGCUACGAGUGUGACUCCGAUGCGCGAGCCUCGCACCAUGGUCAACAUUGAGCCGGUUUUGUCGAGCGUCGCCCAUCUACCACGACAUCACCUCGGAUCGACUCUGUAUGCCCCCCGGAUCGAUGUUCCUACGGAGAAGGCUACCUUAGAGAGUGCCAAGUUCGGAUACACUACAACGCCGCUUCCCCUUCCACGUUUUGAGGGGAAGGAGAAUUGUACAUUCACCGUCCGGGUGCCUCGCUUCCGUAUCGACCCCGCCCAUCGUGAAGAAAUUUGCGCUCGACGUGCUCUGUGGGGUACUGGUGUAUAUACAGAUGACUCGGACCCGGUUGCGGCGGCUAUCCACUCAGGAUUCUUUCGCGGUGCAUGGGGUGAAGAUGUAGAUGUUGAGAUGCUUGACUUGGAGAUCAAGGACUCCUAUCAACAUGCCCCUAAGACUGCGCAGGAUGCUGGCCUUCCAGAAGGAGAUCGACCUCGGUGCCCUCCACCGCCGCCUUCUGAGAAGGACCUGCACAUUACUUUAUUGGUUCUGCCCCGACUGGAACGAUACGAUUCCAGCGUGCUAUUUGGUAUCAAGUCUCGAUCCUGGGAAGGGUCGCACGAUGGGAUGAGCUUCAAAGUGCUGCGUGUAGAAUGGGUAGAUGAGGGCGUGGGCCGUGGCGAGGAACGAGGCGGGGAAGCGCGAAGGAAGCGACUACGCAAUCUGAUGAGGAGUGGGCGCAUCUGUACUGGACCAGGUGUAAUCAAAAUCGAGCAGCUCCGUAAUGGCCAGAUUCCUCGACGGAAUACCAAGCCGAUAGAAGAGCAGGAGCAGCAGCCCUCUCCAGCGGUACAGACAGUGUCAUAG